UUGAUUACGUUAGUGUACUGAGUUAAUGCUGUGACAUUAUGAUAGAGUGGGAGUUAUGGUUUUUGGAAGUGGUGUUAUUGAGUUGUUUCACAAGUGCAGUAAUUUGCCUUUUUGUGCUACGAUGAAUCAGUUAAUUUUUUUUUGUUUUUGUGGUUAUUUAAGUAAACAAUAAUUGAUGCGAAUAACUAAAGUUAUCACUGCACGAUAUAUAAACUGUCAUAUCUAGUUUCUGUUAUUGAUUGUCGCCAAGUCACAGAAUAGGACAUAAUAUAGAAGAUGAACUGUACACGAACAGCGUCAGCGUAUGUUUUUUCAGUGUCACUGUGAUAUUUAUGAAACGAAAAACUCUUUCCUUUGGAACACACCCACGAAGGUGAAGGUAGAUGCUAGCAGUUUGUUUACUUAUUACGCCGCCGCACUACCUAUGUGGAACAGUUUUAUAGCUUUGUGUAGAUGAUUUCACAAAGUAACUUCACAAGCCUCAGUGUUUUAUUAUUGCUUUUGGAAUAGUUGUGUACAUUUGUUCGGCAAGGCUGCUUUAGUAGAGACGCGCAAAGUUCGGUACCAUCAUUUCUUAACAACAUAAGGAAACCGAUACUAAUGGUAGACUAUCAUUUAGAACAGUAGCAGAAGCAUGGCAUUCUUUACAAAACAAAAUAAUGACAACUGCUGAUUCACCUGUGCUUUAAGUGUAUCGUUUCUGCAAAAUGCUGGGAUGUGGACAAACCAAUGAAUGUUGGUUUAGUUAAGUGCCGAUUAAUAAAGCAGCUCCAAAUUGAGGCACGUCACGAAGCGAAAGAGCCAUGUGAUUAAGCAGGGUGCGAAAACUGUAAGUGUUCUUUUAGGAUUGCUAUGUCACAGAAUUUUUCUUGUUCUCUCACGCGCUAUCAAUAAGGCGAUUCUGCCUUGUAUGUAUUUGUAUCGUUGUGGUAGAAAUUGCUCUCCCGUUGUUUAUUGUGGACAGUGCAUUAUGAACAAAUCAGUUACCUUUGUCGUCAGAGAAAUAAAAACAAAAACAGACCAACCGCUAAUCCACCCCUGCCCCAGUAUGAUUGAUAAAGUUGUCAAUAAUUCUGUGCUAACUUUCAGGUUGAUACAGUUUGUGUGUAUGACCUCUGUGUAAGUUGUCAUUGACUAAACUCUCCAUUAAAUGUUUUAAGUGCAUCUUUACACAAAAGAAUUAAUUUACUGUUUAAAAAGUUAUAACAACUACUAAUGGAAAUAAUUUGCGAAAGUGUGAAAUGCAGGAAAAAGAAACGGGCCAUCACUCAGUCUCACCUUUCUCUUUAAGGGCUUGCUAUCUAUCCAGUUCACGGUUAGCUGCAUUUCUGGUGCAAUAAAUUACUUGAUACAGGUUCCAAAGAAAGAAAUCCAAGAAAAUGGCUGCUCCAAAAUCCUUAGAUGACUUUAAUAAACUGUUAGGUACCUCAGAUACAAAAGUAAAACUAACUGUUACAAAUAACUUACUAGCCUACUUAUCAAACCCAGAAAACAGUUUAGAAUGUGAAGACAUCGGCCUUUUCAUGGAUGCAAUGGUACCCUGGAUGCAGUCAAGCAAUAGUAAGGUGUCACAGAACUCAAUUGAUGUUUUGACAAAUUUUGCUGAUCGUAUGGGUACAGAUUUCAAACCGUAUUUGCAUAUGGUAAUAUCUCCUGUGGUUGACAGACUAGGCGACAAUAAAGAAGUCGUGAGAGAGAAAGCUCAGCUUUUCCUUCUGAAACUUUUGGAGAGAGAAAUUUCAUCACCAUAUUACUUGUUUGAGAAGUUGACAUUAGCAUUUACUCACAAAAAUGCUAAAAUCCGAGAAGAAGUGUUAAUCUGUUAUCAGUCCGCACUGAGGGAGCAUGGACCUUCAAACCUUGGCUUGUCAAAACAUGUUCCAAGCAUUUUGAAACUUCUGCAUGAUCCACUUCCAUCUGUGAGAGAUGCAGCUUUUAAUACAUUGACUGAAAUAUAUCGACAUGUAGGGGAAAAAUUUCGACAAGAUAUCCAACGUCGCUGCAGUGCCAAAGAUACUAAGAUUGCAGCCCUUUUUUCGAAGUUUGACGAAAUAAAAAAUGAAGGUGGAUUGCUUGCCUCAGCGUGUGGAGCAGAAGAUUCUGCAAGGUCCUUUGAUGAACCUGAUGGAGAUGCUGGUGCUAUCCCAAAAUCUGGAAGACAGCGAUCUGCAAGUUUUUCAAGGAAGAACUCUGGAGUAGGCAAAGCAACUUCACCAGGGCCGGGAUCUAAAACCAGGCGUUCGGCCUCCUUUAAACGUCAAUUGGUUACUGCGUCAUCUGCACCAGGAACUCAAGGCAGUAAAAAAGCAUCAGUGGGAGCAGUAGAUGAGGAGCAUUUUGUGAAAGUUUUUGAAGAAGUUCAACCAGCCACAAUUUUCACUGUGCGAGAAUUGGAAGAAGAGCUGACCAAAAUAACUGACAUCAUUAAUGAUCCAAAUAAUGAUUGGUCAAAACGUGUUGAGGCGUUGAAAAAACUACGAUCUGUUGUAAUGGCUGGAGCUGCUAAGCAUGAGGAAUUUUUCAAACAUUUACGUUUAAUGGAGACACCAUUUUUAGGAGUUUUGAAAGAUCUGAGGUCACAGGUUGUGAGAGAAGCGUGCUGCACAAUAGCUUUUAUGUCUCAACACCUACGCUCGAAGUUUGACCACUUUGCAGAAAUUAUUCUUGGCAAUCUAAUUAAUCUGAUUCCAAAUUCAGCCAAGGUAAUAGCAACUGCUGGCCUAGUAACAGUACGCUUUCUCAUAAGGUACACUCACUCGCACAGACUGAUACCAGCGAUAAUAUCAAAUAUGGAAUCAAAAUCUAGGGAAAUCCGACGAGCAUGUUGUGAGUUUCUUGAAUUAAUUCUUCGUCUUUGGCCUGCUCAUACACUUGAAAAACAGGUUGCAAACCUGCAACAAGCUCUGAGGAAAGGAAUGUAUGAUGCAGACAGUGAAGCUCGGCAGUGUUCCCGUAGGGCUUUCUGGCAUUUUCGGCUCCAUUUUCAUGAAAAUGCUGAGCAGAUAUUAAACUCACUGGAUAGUACACAUAAGAAAGCUCUUAAUCUUGAAAUGGGAAUGUCAAAUUCAAACAACUUAGUAGACCAGCAAGGAGGAAGAGGAGGUAGGCUGGCAGCUGGAAGUGACUUUCCAAGAGGUCGAACUGUUGCAGAUGGAUCACCACGUCGAGGUUCAGCUCCUGGCCCUUCAGCACUCCGGUCUAAUAGUGCUAUUGAUCUGCAGGCAGCCCAACGUGCCAAGGCAAGAGCACAGUAUGCUGCUUUAGCUCGACAUAAAGUAGGAUCUGGGGCGUCUCUUCAUGACCAUAGGCAAUCUCGGCCAGGAAAGAAAGCUGCAGACUCAUCUGGCAUGUCCACAAGUGUCAUAACAUCUCCAGAAAGAUUGGGCAGAACAAGGAGUCGGAUGUCAAAUGUAUCUCAGUCCCAACCUACAAGCCGCUCAGGGUCUCCGUCUUCCAGACUAAGUUAUGCUACCUUUUCAACUACAAACAGAGAAACAGGACAUGAUGGCAGACAACGUAGACCAUCCGGCAUCCCUCUCUCGACAGGACCUAGUCGUGAAGCUAGCAGAGAGACUUCGCCAAGUCGUUACUCUUUAAAUCUACUUGAUCGCUCAUUUGGCUCAAAAUUGAGAGGGAGGUCUGGACAUAUUGGCAAUGUGAGCGAUCGCCAAGGACAGUCCCGACCAGUGAUGGCCCAAAAAAUAUUACAACAGAGUCGAGAAGCUGAGUCUGCACUAGCUGAUGCCUUGACAUUCGACUCAGUUGACGGAAAUGAAGUUGGCAGCCGAGUACCACUCAGCCGCAAGGCAUACAGAUCGUUUGAUGAUCAUUCAGAUGACAGUGAGACAUCCAGUGUGUGUUCAGAGCGAUCUCUUGAUUGCUACAGGAGGUCUGGUGAUAACAUAUCGGACAUUAUAAACAACUGUGCCAGCACACACUGGAAUGAGCGUAAGGAUGGGCUGGUCUCAUUGCAAGCAUAUUUCCAAAAUGAAAAUAGACUAAGACGCGUUGAACUCCAACGAGUAACUGAAAUUUUUACCAAAAUGUUCAUGGACUCCCAUACAAAAGUCUUCAGUAUGUUUCUGGAUACUCUAAAUGAACUAAUUCUAGCACAUAAAGAUGAUUUACAUGAUUGGAUAUACAUUCUGCUUACACGUCUCAUGAAUAAACUUGGUGGAGAUUUGCUGGGUUCAAUCCAAAAUAAAAUACACAAGUCAUUAUCUAUUGUAAGGGAAUCAUUUCCACUGGAACUCCAAAUGAAUGCAAUUAUAAGGUUCCUGGUUGAUCAGACUCAAACACCCAAUUCUAAAGUUAAAGUAGCUGUUCUUCAAUACUUGGCCCAGCUUGCAUCCUAUAUGGAUGCCUCAUCCUUUAACCCAGGUGCUCGAGAAGCAGCUGCAGCUUUAGCAAAAGUAAUCAGUUGGACAAAUGAUCAGAAAUCAGCUGAAAUCAGAAAAGCCGCUCAGAACGCUCUAAUUGCAUUAUUCAACCUGAAUACACCUCAGGUGACAAUGAUUUUGUCAUCACUGUCUCCAGAUUACCAGGAAACAGCAGCAAGCCUUGUAAAUAGCCAUGUAAGGCGCAGUAGCACGGGAAGUUCGCCCCCAUCACCAUCACCACAUGUUCAGUCUCCAGCAACUCCACAGUCUAGGCCAUCUCUGGAGAUGGAUGAGGGAAGUCUCAAUCCAGAAGAAGUGUACAGGUCACUCCACAGAACAACCACAGAAAUACAGAAUUAUAGUUUUGAUGGUGGCCUCAGUUCUGUGAAAAUGCUGGAUAAGGAACGAGAAACUACAUCACAUGAUUCUGGCAUCAGUCAGAUGUCUUGUGGUAUGGAGAAAUUAGAAGAACAAAUGGAACAUCUUCUGUCAAUUAGUAGAGAACCUACAAAUUUGGAUGGCCAAGAUUCAGAUCAAGAUUACAAGAAUAUGCCAUCGGCAGCUCUAGUAGAAGAAAACUGUCAAAUUGUGCAGAAUGUGAUUGACACUUUAAAAGUUGAUGAUGAAGGAAAUGCAAAAGUAUCUGAGCAAGACAGUAAGAAAGCACUUUCUCAGUUAAAACACCUAAUAAAAUCUGGAGCUGUUGGUAUCAUAGUCUAUAAUUUCAAGGUUCUAUUAAGGGUUCUGGUAUCACAAUUGGCAGUACCUCACUCUCCAGUGAAGACGUACAUUUUAAAUGUGCUACACGAUAUGAUCAAAGACCCAACUGUGAGACAUUGUUUUAAUAUGUACGUAGAGUUAAUUGUGCUGCGAACGCUAACAGCGUACAGUGACCCGUGCAAAGAGGUGUCGAAAGCAGCUGAGCACUGCAUUUCAGCUAUUGGAAAAUCACUGCCUCCUGAACAACUCAUUAAUGUAGUUUGUCCAUUGAUAAAAACAGGAGAUCUUCCAAUGAAUUUGGGAGCUAUAAAAAUAUUAACUCGUGUCAUUGAACACACUACACAAGAUAUUUUAGAACCACAUCUGAAAGAAGUAAUGGAAAGUCUCAUCAAAGCAUAUGAUAAUGAAGAAAGUUCUGUGAGGAAAUCUGCUGUAUUUUGUAUGGUUGAAUUACACGGUAUUGUUGGAGAGGCAGUUUUGCAACCGCAUUUAGCUAGCUUAAACAACAGUAAGCUGAAACUACUUCACCUGUAUAUCAAACGAUCGCACCAUGGUGGUUCGAGUGGCAUCACUUCACCAAAAACCACAACGUCGUGAAACUUUUAAUACUCGUUAAUUUUGGCUUUAAUGUAUUCUAUCAUUCCAGUGCUUGUCAAUUUUUUUAACAAAACAGUUUUCCAGUUAUUAAAGCCCAAAAAUAAACAGUA